GUCUGUCCGGUCUCACCCUCCUUUACUUCGGGCAACUCUCUCACCCGGCUCUGCAGAAACCAAUGCUGGGGGCGGGGUGUGCACGUGGGGCUGGGCUACUGUGCCCCGCCCUCCCCCUGGAUCACAGCCUCGGCGAGGAUGCGGGGAUUUCUUCGCUGGCGGACGGCUGAGCUGCCGGUUAUGCAUGUGUCCACGCCUGCUGUCAUCCCGGUAAACCAGUUACUCAAAUCGGUAAGUCUGCUGCUGCGGGAGCCAGUGGAGGAGUCACCACGGCCAAUGCACCGAGACUAAAACACCUCUCAGCUGCUGCCAAUGGGUUGUGGUGCCAUGAUGAAGAGCGUCAUGGAAGUCCUCUUGCUGUUGAUGCUGUUUUUUACAGCACAUGCAAAGGAAAAAAGCUACAGCCCACCAGAGAAGCCCACACAGACUAGAUGUCGUUCUCCGGAAAAAGAGACGUUCACAUGCUGGUGGGAGCCAGGCUCUGAUGGGGGUCUGCCAACUACCUACGCCUUGUACUAUCGCAAAGAAAACUCCGAGACAGUGUACGAGUGUCCCGACUACCACACAGCUGGAGAGAACUCCUGCUUCUUCAACAAGAACGACACGUCCAUCUGGGUCAACUACAACAUCAGCGUGGUGGCCACCAACGCACUGGGGAGGGCCUUCUCUGAUCCAGUGGACAUAGAUGUGGUUUAUAUUGUCGAGCCUAAUCCUCCAGAGAAGCUGACGGUGGCAGUCAUGGAGGAUAAGGGCUGGCCCUUCCUCCUUGUGUCAUGGGAACCGCCACAUAAAGCUGACACCCGCUCCGGUUGGAUCACUCUCAUCUACGAGCUCCGCGUCAGGCUGGAGGAGGAGGAGGACGACUGGGAGAUGCACCAUGCAGGCCAGCAGAAGAUGUUUAACAUUUUCAGCCUGCGCUCGGGGGGGGAAUAUCUUGUCGAGGUGCGCUGUAAACCCGAUCACGGCUUCUGGAGUGAAUGGAGUUCCACUUCCUACGUCAAAGUUCCUGACUAUUUCCAUCGGGAGAAGUCAAUGUGGAUCCUCGUUGCAGUCUUUUCUGCCCUCAUCUUCCUCAUCCUCACAUGGUUGCUGCACAUGAACAGUCACAGUCUGAAGCACUGUAUCCUGCCGCCAGUCCCUGGUCCUAAAAUCAAAGGAUUUGAUAAUAAGCUUCUCAAGAAUGGCAACUCUGACGAGAUCUUCAGCGCUCUGGUUGUGCCCAACUUCCCUCCGGCCUCAGCAUCUAAAUACGAGGAGAUGCUGGUGGAGUACUUAGAGGUGUAUGUCCCCGAGGAGCCAGAGCUGAUGUUGGAGGAGAGCAAGGAUCUACUUGACGGGUGCCUUAAAUCUGAGAACUCCAGAUCAGACAGUGACUCAGGCCGGGGCAGCUGCGACAGCCACACUCUGCUGAUGGACAAGUGCGGCGAAACAAAAGAAGAAGAGAGGCAAACAAAUCGGGAGAGCAGUCUGAUGGAGACACAGGGCUGGAAGGAGGAAGCUAUCAACCACGACACCAGUGGGAAGGUGAAGACCUGGCCCUCGGUGUAUUCUCCACUGCCUCAAUAUGGCUCAAACCCCCUGGACAAACAGAGCUCACUUGAGACGGCCAAGCAGCAUUCCCUCUCCACGUCCUCCUUCCUCACCCAGCCUGGCACCAAGGACGCUCUGGGACCGAGCUACACGGACUUCUGCUUGAGCAACAAAGAAAAUCAUCUCCAUCCCCAGACACUGGCCCAUCGGGCACUCCAAACCCAGAGCGAUGUCAACAUCUCCAACAUCGGAUGCAAACGAUCGCCCGCCACCGAGUACGUUGAAGUCCAGAGGGUCAACAAGGAGGAUAUGGUGCUCCUGCAGCCAGUGGUGUCCAGGUGUGGCCACAUUGAAGGUUGCCCCAACUUGCCCAAGGGGGAGGACUACAGCAAAGUGAAGGGGGUGGACUGUGAUAACAGGCUACUGCUGCAGAGAGAAGGGACCGGGGAAGACGUGUGCCCUUGUGUGGACCAGGAGACAAAUGGAGAAGGAGGAAACUGCUACACGUCCUCCACAGUUAGCACUACGCAGAAGCCUACAGCCUGCAUGUACACUGCCAUGCCACUACAGGAGGAAACGGCCCUCGCAUUGAAUGGUUAUGUUGACACUGCCACAAUGGGCAACCUGCCAUCCUGCUAAAGGUCCCAUAAGGUCAGGCACUGUGCCAGAUUUGGUUCAGGCCAGGACAAAGACUAUACACACUAAACACUGGAUUACCUUUAUUUACUUGAUGAAUUAUACUCUUUCUUCAACUUUAUGAAGAAUAUGAUUGAUUGCAUUAUGUGGUUUCUAUAUUCUGUCAUGAUUAAGUAUAUGUUUGAAUAUGUCAUACAUAUUGUUCUCCUGUCAGGCACGUUGCAUUCACUUUUUUUGAAAUGUCUUUCAUAAAAUACUUGAUCUCCACUGCUGUAAUCUCUCAUUGAAGGAUUGUACAAUCAAAAUGUCAGACAUUUUUGUUUUUAAUGUAUAAAAUGUAUUUUCUCUGCUUCCUGUAGAACAGAGGUCUGAAACUCGAGGCCCGGGGGCCAAAUCCGGCCCGCGACUUCAUUUUAUGUGGCCCCGCAAGAGCUUGCAAAGAAUAUAAUACGUUUAUUAUACGGUUACAUGCCACUUUACAGAAGCAGGUUGCCCAUAAACUACAUGUCCCACAAUGCAUCUCGUUUUGUGACAUGCGCACUGAAGAGACUUGCAAUUAUUUGCCCUGGACUUCUGCUUUCAGACGUAGUUAAUUACCUGUUAAUUACUAAGUUAUUAUCCUAUCCAAUAAUAAUAAUCCAAUUCAGAGGCAAUCAUGUAAUUUAAUACAUUAUUUUAUAUAUAUAUUAUAUAUUUAUAUAGUUACAACUGGCCCUUUGAGUGCAACCUUUAUGCGAAUGUGGCCCGCGAUGAAAUUGAGUUUGACACCCCUGCUGUAGAACAUUUAAAAUACAUUUGGGGGCCUAAAGCGCCCCCAGGUGGUCAGAGUGAAUCAUAUUGUAAAUAUAAUCUGAUAAAAUGUAUUUAUAA